GCUUGCAUUGAUCAGUGCUACUACUCAGAUGCUGCAAUUGCAGAUGGCUACUUCUGUGUGCUAGCAGAAGUUUAUAUGCGUCAAGAGAUACCGAAAUGUGAAAUUCAGAGACUCUUAAGCCUGAUCCUCUACAAGGUUGUAGAUCCUUCUAGACAAAUUCGUGAUGAUGCCCUUCAGAUGCUUGAGACGCUUUCUGUCCGUGAAUGGGCUGAGGAUGGCAUGGAGGGUUCAGGAGGCUACAGAGCUGCUGUUGUAGGGAACCUUCCUGACUCAUAUCAGCAGUUCCAGUACAAACUCUCUUGCAAACUUGCUAAAGAUCACCCUGAACUGAGUCAGUGGCUUUGUGAAGAAAUCAUGCAGAGGCAGCUUGAUGCAGUCGAUAUAAUUGCACAGCAUCAAGUCUUGACGUGCAUGGCUCCAUGGAUUGAGAACCUCAAUUUCUGGAAACUCAAGGACUCUGGAUGGAGUGAUAGACUUUUGAAAAGUCUUUAUUACGUUACAUGGCGGCAUGGUGAUCAAUUUCCUGAUGAAAUUGAGAAGCUUUGGAGUACAAUUGCCAGCAAACCCAGGAACAUAAGUCCAGUUUUAGAUUUUUUGAUUGCAAAAGGUAUUGAAGAUUGUGAUUCAAAUGCAUCAGCAGAAAUAAGUGGCGCAUUUGCUACAUACUUCUCUGUUGCCAAAAGAGUAAGUUUAUAUUUAGCUCGUAUAUGCCCCCAACGUACUAUUGAUCACUUGGUUUACCAACUGGCUCAGCGAAUGCUCGACAGUGUAGAACCUCUGAGGCCUAGUGCCAACCAAGGUGAGGGAAAUGGAAACAUCGUGUUGGAAUUUUCUCAAGGCCCUUCUGUUGCUCAAGUCACAUCAGUUGUAGAGAGUCAACCUCACAUGUCACCUUUACUAGUUCGCGGGUCCCUUGAUGGUCCACUAAGGAACACAAGUGGGAGCUUGAGCUGGAGAACAGCAGCUGUUGGAGGGAGAAGUGCCUCAGGCCCAUUGACUCCUAUGCCUCCUGAGUUGAAUAUUGUCCCGGUAACUGCUGGUCGGUCUGGCCAACUUCUUCCAUCACUGGUCAACAUGUCAGGGCCACUAAUGGGAGUACGGAGUUCAACCGGAAGUAUGCGAAGUCGUCAUCGCUCUCGAGACAGCGGAGACUACUUCAUUGACACUCCAAAUUCUGGGGAUGAUGGGUUGCAUUCUGGGACUGUUAUGCACGGUAUCAACGCAAAAGAACUUCAAUCAGCAUUGCAAGGACAUCAGCAGCACUUGCUCUCUCAUGCAGACAUAGCUUUGAUUCUACUUGCUGAAAUUGCUUAUGAGAACGAUGAGGACUUUCGGGAGCAUUUACCUUUGCUCUUUCAUGUCACUUUUGUAUCAAUGGAUAGUUCAGAGGAUAUUGUCUUGGAGCAUUGUCAGCAUCUGCUUGUUAAUCUAUUGUAUUCCCUUGCAGGGCGUCAUUUGGAGUUAUAUGAUGUUGAAAAUAAUGAUGGAGAGAACAAGCAGCAAGUAGUAAGCCUCAUAAAGUAUGUUCAAUCUAAGCGGGGUAGCAUGAUGUGGGAGAAUGAGGACCCCACGGUAGUGAGGACGGAGCUACCAAGCGCAGCACUCUUGUCUGCUCUGGUGCAGAGUAUGGUGGAUGCUAUCUUCUUUCAAGGAGAUCUCCGAGAAACUUGGGGAGCAGAGGCACUUAAAUGGGCUAUGGAGUGCACAUCUAGGCAUUUGGCCUGCCGCUCUCACCAGAUUUACCGUUCACUAAGGCCUGGUGUAACAAAUGAUGCAUGUGUAUCCUUGCUACGUUGUCUUCACAGGUGCUUGGGAAAUCCUAUACCAGCUGUUUUAGGUUUUGUUAUGGAGAUCUUGUUGACAUUACAGGUGAUGGUGGAGAAUAUGGAACCAGAAAAGGUUAUACUCUAUCCCCAGCUUUUCUGGGGUUGUGUGGCCAUGAUGCAUACAGAUUUUGUCCAUGUGUACUGUCAAGUGCUGGAGCUUUUUCGUCGGGUUAUUGACCGUUUAUCUUUCCGAGAUCGAACAACAGAGAAUGUGCUUCUUUCAAGUAUGCCUCGAGAUGAGCUUGAUUCAAGUGUUUCUGACAGUUCUGACUUCCAACGUCUGGAAUCACGGAAUGCUUGUGAGCCAUCAGCGUCAAAUGCAAAGUUCCCAGUCUUUGAAGGAGUGCAGCCACUGGUUCUUAAAGGCCUUACGUCCACUGUCAGUCAUGGUGUUUCUGUUGAGCUUCUAUCGAGGAUCACAGUGCCUUCGUGCGAUUCCAUCUUCGGUGAUGCAGAAACACGCCUUUUGAUGCACAUUACAGGCUUGCUUCCCUGGCUCUGCUUACAGCUCAGCCAGGAUGCAGUUAUGGGGUUUAUGUCACCACUACAGCAGCAACAUCAUAAGGCUUGCUCUGUUGCAGCCAAUAUAGCCGUCUGGUGUCAAUCAAAAUCAAUGGAUGAAUUAGCUACUGUUUUUAUGGCUUACUCCCGUGGUGAGAUCAAAAGAAUAGAAAACCUUUUAGCUUGUGUUUCACCAUUACUAUGCAAUGAAUGGUUCCCCAAGCACUCAACUCUGGCAUUUGGGCACCUCCUACGGCUUCUUGAAAGAGGGCCAGUGGAAUAUCAUCGUGUUAUCCUUCUUAUGCUGAAGGCAUUGCUUCAGCAUACUCCAGUGGAUGCUGCUCAGAGUCCACAAUUAUAUGCAAUUGUAUCUCAGUUGGUGGAAAGCCCUUUGUGUUGGGAGGCACUUAGUGUGUUGGAAGCGCUCUUACACAGUUGUAGCUCUUUACCUGGAUCACAUCCUAAUGAGCUGGGGCAAUUUGAGUAUGGGCUCGUUAGCACCGAAGAGAAGAGUCUUGCACCUCAAACCUCAUUUAAGGCUCGAAGUGGACCAUUGCAGUUUGCAAUGGGCCUCGGGUUUGGAGCAGGUUCAGCGCCAGCGGGACAAUCUAAUGCAUCUGAAUCGGGUUUGUCAGCAAGAGAAUUAGCAUUGCAAAACACGCGGUUGAUGCUAGGGAGGGUGCUUGAUAGUUGUCCACUUGGGAAACGGAGAGAUUAUAGAAGAUUAGUUCCUUUUGUAACAAUUACAGGGAACCUGUAAGCUUCUCCUUUACACGUUAUUAAAUAUGAUAUCUGUGAGCUUGACUUGUAAAUAAGUGAGCUCAUUUAAUAAUGUAGAGUUAGCUUGGUUCUGAUAUUUAGAAUGCACCAAGCUCCCUCGAGUCUAGUUUUGGUCUAGUUCUUUACAUAUUUUCAGGUCUAUAGAUUUGUAUAUUGUUAUCACAUAAUCAAAUGAAUGCUUGACCACUAUAAUGGUAUUGGCUACUUUGAUGUUUA